AUGGCUCACCAGCUCCUACCCAACAGCUCCUGGCAGAACAUCUCAGCCCCUCACUUCACGGGCCUGGACCUCCUCCUGGAGCUGAAGCCCCUCUUCAUCCCCCUCUACGCCACGCUGGUGGCCGUAGCCUGCGUGGGGAACCUCUUCCUCAUCCUCCUCAUCGCCCUCACCAAGAAGCUCCACUGCACCACCAACUUCCUGAUCGGGAACCUGGCGGCCGCCGACUUCACCAUGUGCCUGGUCUGCGUCCCCCUCACCGCCUCCUACGCCUUCGAGGCGCGGGGUUGGCUCUUCGGGACCUUCCUGUGCCACUUGGUCACCCUGAUGCAGGCCACCACGGUCUUCGUCUCGGUGCUGUCCCUCAGCGCCAUCGCCGUCGAUCGCUACGUGGUGGUCGCCCAUCCCAUCCGCCGCCGCCUCGGCCCCAGGGCCUGCGUCUGCCUGGUGCUGGGGAUCUGGCUGCUCUCCCUCCUGGCCUCGCUGCCCACCUGCCUGCACACCCACUACCUGGACCUCAACGCCGUCGGCCACGACAUGAUCGUCUGCGAGGAGUUCUGGCCGCGGGAGGAGCGGGCGCGGCUGCUCUACUCCUGCCUGAUGCUCCUGCUCUCCUACCUCCUCCCGCUCCUCGCCGUCUCCGGCUCCUUCUGCGCCAUCACCUACCGCCUCCGGAGGAGGAACGUCCCCGGGGCCGCCCAUCCCUGCCAGGACAAGUGGACCAGGUCGAAGCAGAAGACGUUCCGGGUGCUGGCCAUCUCGGUGCUCUGCUUUGCCGUCUGCUGGCUGCCCCUCCAGGUCGUCAACUUCAUCCGAGACCUGGACGAGGAGUUCGCCAUCCUGGACAAGAGGUACAUCAAUGUCAUCCAGGUCUGCUGCCACCUCAUGGCCAUGAGCUCCGCCUGCUACAACCCCUUCAUCUACGCCUCCCUCCACGACAAGUUCUGGUCCCAGCUCAGCGGUUGCUUCUCCCGGAGGAAGAAGAGGAGCUCGGGCAGGGCGUCCCGCCUCAACACCUGCUCCAUCCUGGCCGAUGCUCCCACCGGGCUCUCGGACAGGAUAGCUUUGCAGACCAGGUUCUGCUGA